AUGGUGGCCACCACAGUGGAAUAUGUGAUUUUUGAUAUGGACGAAAGGAUUCAUACUGAAGUGACCAAUCAGAUCCUGGCCCAGCAUGGCAAAGAGAUGACCUGGGACAUAAAAGCAGGGUGCAUGGGCAAACCCGAGAGAGCAUCGGCUGAGCAUCUUCUCUCCUUCUUUCCUUCAAUCUCGCUAUCCGUCGAUUCCUACAUCGAGCAGAAGAAUAUCCUCCAAGAUAAACUCUUGCCCUCUGUCCCCCUUCUUCCCGGUGUGCGUAAGCUCGUACAACACCUUCGAAAGCAUAGGAUUCCUAUCGCUGUAGCGACUAGCUCCGGGCGGCUGAGGUAUGAGAAAAAGACGGGUCAUCUAGGCGACGUAUUUGAGUGUUUUGAAGGGAACGUCGUAUGCGCUGAUGAUGAGAGGUGGGGAGGAAACGCUAUGAAGGGAAAGCCGGCGCCGGACAUUUUCUUGGUCGCGGCUAGAGAGUUGUUGGGCAGGGAUGUAGGUGAACCAGGGCUGGCUUCGGUAGACCAAAUAACGGAGAGGCAGAAAGGUCUGGUAUUUGAAGAUGGAUUUGCCGGCGUGCAAGCUGGGAAGCGAGCGGGGAUGAACGUGGUGUGGGUACCGGAUAGCAAUCUUCUGUGCGUGGAAUAUACUGGAGACGAAAAGGCAGAUGUCACCCUCGGGUCCAUCGAGGAUCUCACUCCCGAGAAAUGGGGCCUUCCAGCUUAUGACAAGGAAUCGUAG